AUGAUCAUGGGUGCUCUUUGUGAUUUUUGUGGGGAGCAAAGGCCAACAAUUUAUUGCCGAUCGGAUGCUGCAUCCUUAUGCUUAUCGUGCGACCGUAAUGUGCAUUCGGCUAACACCCUUUCCCAGCGACAUAUGAGGACCCUUCUGUGUGAUCGUUGUGCUUCACAGCCUGCAGCAGUCCGGUGUCUUGAAGAGAACACCUCACUUUGCCAAAACUGUGAUUGGAACGGGCAUGCCGCGACAUCCUUGGCUGCCGGGCAUCUAAGGCAGACCAUAAACUGCUACUCAGGAUGCCCAUCAUCAGAAGAGCUGGCAAGAAUCUGGUCCUUUGAUUUUGAUGCCCCUUCUGCAGCUGCUGAGCCGAACUGCGAGGAAGGAAUAAGCAUGAUGAGCAUUAAUGACAGUGGUGUCAGUAAUCAUUGUGGCGCUCAACAGGAUAGCAGCUUGCUGGAUAUGGCUAACACAUCACUCAUCAGUGAUCCACACACUCGCGAAAAGCUUAAUACCGGAGACGAAAUGAAUCUUCGGCCACUUCCUACACAUCAGCCAGCUCAAUCAGUUUCGAUGGCACCUAAGGUACCCUGUGUAACAGAUGACGAUAUGUUCAAUGAUGGCAGCAUAUAUGAAAACUUCUGUGUGGAUGAUGCUGGCCUGACAUUUGAGAAUUAUGAAGAGCUGUUUGGUACUCCUCACAUUCAGACAGAGCAACUAUUUGAUGAUGCUGGAAUUGACAGUUACUUUGGAAUGAAGGAAAUGCCAGCUGCUGAUUGUAACGAGCAGCUCAAACCCGCGCAGCCCGAAUGUAGCAACGCAGUAUCUGCUGACUCCAGCCUCUGUGUUCCUGCUAGGCAGGCCAUAUCCAGUAUUUCCCUCUCGUUCUCUGCUUUGACUGGUGAGAGCAAUGCUGGAGAUCACCAAGAUUGUGGGGUAUCACCACUGCUCCUUACGGGCGAGCCACCCUGGCUUCCUGGUCCUGAAGGUUCAAUUGCCAGUGGCAGCAGAGGUAGUGCUCUCUCGCGGUACAUGGAGAAGAAGAAGAGAAGAAAAUUCGACAAGAAGAUCAGGUACGCUUCUCGCAAGGCUAGGGCAGACGUGAGGAAAAGGGUCAAGGGCCGGUUUGUCAAAGCCGGCGAAGCAUACGACUAUGAUCCGCUCAACGAUACACGAAGCUACUGA